UGACUCAAGGCCGUCGGAAGCCUUUUGAGCCAGAGCACGGCUAUGCGUCCCACCUCGCCAAGAAAAGAGGCGCGUUCCGCGCUCGUAUCCAUCAGGAGGCUCAAAAGAAAAACUCACAGAAAACCCCGAGUUCAAGUAUGCGGGAGCUGACAUGCGCUGGACCGCCCAGGGUUUCUACAAGGACAUCGUGCUCAAGCACAAGCUUGUUCUCGAUGGAUGGCCCGCAAACGUCAUCUUUACGAACCCGAGUGGCAUCCGCGGCGGCAUACACGUCUUCGAUGACCUGCGGAAUAGGAUGGAGAAAGGCGUGCUGAAGUUCCGCGCCAUCUCCAAUGGCGAGGCAGCCAAGCUCGACGCAGUAAGCGCUGCACCGGGACCGAUCCCACCUCCGAUACUUCGUCCGGGAAGAUGUGAUAUCGGCAAGCACCGCUAUCGGCCGAUCACGAAUCCGUAUGACCUUCCAAGACGGAGGGUUGGGAUGGGGCCCAGGUCUCCGCCGUUCGUGUUGGAUGCAGAUCUUGAGGACGAGGGUGUGGCUGAUGUGGAACAGUAUCCUGAGACAGCAGGUUCGGAGUGUAGUGGGGGGAGAUCUAUGGAUCUGGAUGACAUUGAGGAGUUUUCUGUGUAGCGGUAGCUUGCUGUCAUCAAUGUUCGCGCUUGUUUGUCAGACGUCCCGCUUAUCAUUCUGUUGUAUGAGACGGAUUCAAGAUAAAGACAUGGCCGGUCAAAC